GAAUUGUAGUCAGUGUCUAUAAAAGGUUGUGACAUCUAAGUAACAUCAAACAAAGAUUAUUAAUCAGUGACAAUAAAAUGGACGCGUGUUAGAAUCAUUGAAUAUUUGAAAAGCGGCAAGAUCAAUAAGAGACCAAUAACGGGACAGGACAGUCAUGAAGACAGAAACAGAACAGAAACAAAGGCACAGAAUCAGAAUGAUAAUAAACAAAAGCCAGCGCCGGCCCCCUUAUUCCCCUUUCUAUUAUUGGCGUCCCAUUUGAAAGGAUUGGCAUGGAUCUCUUCGGGCCACUACCAAAGUCUGCCCAUACGCCAUUCAUGUCAAAAUUAAUGGUGGAUCUGUCUCAGCUUUUGCAGGUCAAAUACCUGAGGACGUCCAAAAACAAACAGAUUGACUUGUAGAAUGUUUCAACCAAAUCCUGAAGCAGAUGCUAUGAAAGGUGGUAGACCAGGAAGGACGGAAUUGGGACCUCCUCCUUCCUAACGUCCUCUUCACUGUCUGAGAAAUGCCCCAGGCGUCCACAGGCUUCAUACUGUUUGAACUCCUAUUCGGACGGUGCCCUUGGGGCAUGCUUGACGUGGCCCGGGAGGACUGGGAGGAGAAACCCUCCCCCUUCUGCUCUGUGAUGGACUUCGUCCAGGACAUACAGGCACGGAUCGAGCGUGUCAGGCCCAUCAACACCUAGUUAAGUCCAGCGUGCGCAGUAAAGGAUGUACAAUCUGCCCGCCCAGGCUAGGGAACUUUACCCUGGGGACCAAGUAAUGCUACUCGUUUCUAACGCUGCCUGCAAGUUCCUGGUGAAGUUGCAGGGCCUGUACACAGUCCUCGAGAAGGUGGGACCUGUAAAUUAUUGGUUGCAAUAGCCAGGUAAGUGCACAGACACUCAAUUAUAUCACAUAAACAUUUUGAAAAAAUGGAUUCAACCUCCGGCUGUGGUGUCUGUGUUUUUUUCCCUCCACACAGAUCCCCAAGAGUGUGCCCUAGUAAGGAGAGGAGAUGAUCUCACACCAGCCCAGCAGUUCUUGGAUGUCUUCUCAUCCUGUCCAGGACAUACAGCGCCAGUGCAACAUGAGAUCAAGACCCCUCCUGGGAUGGUGGUCCGACAGCGACCAUACAGGGUCCCAGAAGCCCACCGUCACAUUAUCGAGCAGGAAGUGGAACAAAAUAUUGAAGGAAGGGAUUAUUGAGGAGUCUGCCAGCCCUUGGUCCAGCCCCAUUGUGGUGGUGCCUAAACCAGAUGGGUCCAUUCACUUCUGUAACGACUUCUGGAGGCUCAACCAGAUCUCGGAUUUUGACAGCUAUCCCCUCCCCCAAGUGGACGACCUGGUGGAACGCCUGGGGCAGGCUCGGUUCAUUUCCACCCUUGACCUGACAAAGGGCUAUUGGCAGGUGGCCCUUGCACUGGAGGCGAAACUAAAGAUGGCAUUCAGCACCACAAAUGGCCACUGGCAAGAUCAGGUCCUUCUAUCAGGUCCUUCCUUUUGGCCUACAUGCGGCUCCAGCCACCUUCCAGCACCUCAUGGACAUCGUCCACCGACCCCUCCGUGCUUUUUCUGCCGCCUUCCUGGACUAUGUGGUAGUCCACUCCACCUGGUCCAAUCACCUGUUCCAUCUGGGGGAGGUUCUGGGAGCCCUCCGGACAGCUGGUCUUACGGCAUGCCAUCUGGGCCUGUCCGAGGCCCAGUACCUGGGAUAUUGCAUUGGUCGGGGGCUGCUGAAGCCCCAGGAGAUCCAAGCCGUGAGAGAAUACCCCCGACCCACUACAAAGAACUGCCUUUUGGGAUUGGCGGGCUAUUACAGACGUUUUGUGCCUAACUUCUCCUCUUAGGCUGCCCACUUUCAGAUCUAACUAAGAAAUGUCAGCCGGACCAGGUGCACUUGACAGACGGAACAGAACGGGCAUUCUGCCAGCUCAAGGAGGCCCUCGCCACCCAGCCAGUACUGUGAAAUCCGGAUUUCAAUAGCCCGUUCACGCUACAGAUGGAUGCGUCCGAAACGGGGCUAGGCAAGGUUCUUUCACAGGAGUUCGAUGGGAAAGAGCACCUGGUCCUAUUUAUCUCCCGGAAGCUGACCCCCACCGAGAAAAACUACGCCGCAGUGGAACGAGAAGCCGUGGUGGUCAAUUGGGCCGUUGAGGACCUCCGGUAGAACCUGGCAGGGCGGCACUUUACCCUUGUGACGAACCAUGCCCCUCUGCUCUGGAUGGCCAAGUUGAAGGACACCAACUACGAAACCUCCAGCUGAUCCAGCACUUCAGAUUGCCGGCGAGCCUACACUACGCUGCUGGAGAGGACACAUUUUUACUGCCGUCCCCCUCCUGCUGCCUAUGGUUGGAGCCUGGAUUUCUGCUCAAGUGCUCCUACAACCCAUUAAAGGAAGGAACUAUUUAUUUUUCUCCUUAUCACUGACUUUCUGCUGCACUAAAAUUGCACUAGUAACCUGAAGAAAAAUUAAACCACUACACUGUUUGCUCUAAUCUGUCUCUGUGCCUAUUAUUCCAUGUCCCAUCUCUCUAAGUACCCUACAGUACGUAGAACUUGCGAUGGGAACCGAGAGGGGUGCUGAGAUGAGGGAUUAGUGUGAAUAUGUACAGUACAUUAUACAGGAAGGUGAGACUUCAUGUAUGUUCUGGUCACUUCCAGGAUG